AUGGCUGGCUUUGUUGCUUACAAAAAUCAAUAUUAAUUGGGCACUUUAUCAUUUUGGACUCGAAAUAUAGCUGUCCUCUUCUCCUUCUAUAUCUAUUAUUUCUCAACGGCAUUUUUUCCUCUAAUAUUUGAAAUUUGCCUUAUUAAUUCAUCUGAUUUAGCACAAUUUUUAGUUUCGAUCGUCAUUAUGCUCUAAGCACUCAUAAUUAUGAUAUUGGGAGAGCUUGUUUAUAGAAGAGGUUUAAUAUUUAAAUCAACAUCUCAUUUAUAUAUAAAUAUGACAACAUACUCAUACGUAAUAAAAAUUCUGAAAUUAAUUUAAAUCAUAAUAUUUUUUUACUUAAAAUCACAAUUUCUCUCACAAAUGAUUUAAUGUGUAAUUAACAUCGUAAUAUAAUUGUGUCUUAUUGCAGAAUAGAUUAGAGUCAAAGUUUAUGCAUAGAAGAUCUACUCGAUCACAAUUAUUGCUUUUGCUUCCAUUGGAUUAGUCCUUUCCUUUGAUGUUCUUCUGACUCAAUCAACCAACAAUAACAAUUAUUGGAUAUUGAUUUGUAUAAUCGUGAUUAAAAUAUUACUAUAUCUCGAUGAAUUUAAGUUUGAUAAAAUAUCUACUUAUGGAGUCCAUGAAUUAAAAUACCUCUUUUCCUAUUUAGAUUUAAGCAAUCAUGAAAAAACUGUUAUUAAACUAUAAAUUUAUAUGCUUUUCUAUAGUCAUUAUCAAAGUUGUGAUAAAAAGUAAACUUGCCAUUGUACAAAAGAACCUAAGGAUUAUUAUGCAUCAUUAAUAAAGAUUAUUGAAAGUAGAAUUGAGGAGAAACUCCAUGGGAAAAUUGAAAUAUCUAGAGAUUUAAUUUGUACUGAUUAUGCUUAGAUUUUAUUCAGAAAUUAAUAAUAUGUACAAGCUUAAUAACAUAUAACUAGAUUUUUGGCCAAAGAAUCCUUUAAUUAUGAAAAAAACUAAAAUCCAUUAUCAACAAUUACAACAUUUUUAUUAGAAUAUAUAAAAGCUGAAGUGUUAAAUUAAGUAUUAAUUUAGAUGACAGAAAAAAUAGUAUUAUCCAAUUAACAUAACAAAUUGCUGAACGAAUCCUUAAAAUCGUUUGUUUUGAAUGAAAAUUCGGAUUCGUAAAUAAUGGUGAAUUUAAAAAAAAUAAUUCAAAAUAAAAUUUAAUUUUAUUCUAAUUUUGUUGAACACUAAAAUAAUUAUUUCGGAAAUGUUAAUUAUGCAUUGCAAUUUAUUAAUUAAAUUAAAUAAUUUAAAGAGGUUUUAUUAGACCGAUAUAAUUAGUUUCCAAGUAUAUAUGUAAUAUAAAUUUAGCUAGCAGUAAUCAAAACAUAUUGAAAUACUUCUCGUUGCAUAUUCUAAAUGAUUAUAUUGAUUCCUUCAAUAUCAACAAGGGCAAAGCUUUUGAGGAUGAUAAAUUCAAUCAAAUAUCAGGUUAGAUGUAUCAUAAAAUAUUUGGAAUUAAUCCUGCCUAUUUUAUUACUGAACUCAAUUCUGAAUUUGAUGUGAUUAUAACUAAGAAAUCUUCAAGAGCAAUAUACUUAUUGUAAUAAUGGAAGGUUAUAUAAUCAGAAUAAAAAUAUCAUUUGAACACAGAGUUAAAUGUUUUCUUACCUGAAUAUGUCUCAUAAAAGCAUGGUAGUUUGAUUGAAAGAUUUUUAAAUGAUGGACAAAAUAAAUAUUACCAGUAAUAAAAUCUAUCAUUUUUAAAAUAAUAAGAGAAGGUAAUGAUGCCAAUUCAAAUAAUGAUAAGCAUGAACUAAACAAACUAUGACAAGUUCUCCUUUCUGACAUUUUUUUAUGAAUCCUAAGACUAUCGAUCAUAUUUAGUAGUUGAUAAGCAUCUUGAGAUCUUGAAUAUAAGUUCUAACAUUUCGGAGAGCUUGUCUAUGAAUGAAUCUAAGGGUCAUCAAAGUUGUAUAACUAAAAUAAUCCCUAAUUUUCAACAGCUAGUAGCAACGCAUCAACAUUAAUUUUACAAUUAAGAAAUUAAGUUAGUUAAGGAUCAUAAUAAUCAAAAGGUCCCAUGUUCUUUUAAUAGUAAUAUUAAAAUAGAGAGAAAAUUUCAGAAUCAAUACAAAUGUUAUUUUGUUGAAUUAGAUAAUAUCCGAGCGAUAUCAAAAAAGGUUCAAGGUGACAAUUCGCCAGUAUAUUUGUCGUCAUUGACUUAAUUCCCUGGAUCAACUUAGAGGAUUCUCAAUGUAAACAGUGAAAUAAAUAAUUCUGAAGAGAAGAGGGUUCCGUAUUUUGAUGUUGAAAAUCAUCUAAUUCCUGAGAAUUCUAUUUGUAUAAUUUAAUAAGACAACCAUCGAUAAACAAUAAAUUAAACUGAUACAAAUUUGGUUUGCACUUUACAAAUGAUGGAAUUUGGUAAGAGUUAAAAUAUAGUUGAACCAUUGUCACAAAAACGAUUGUUGCCCAGUUCAAAGUAUUCUCAUGAUGACGAUAUGAAGAAAUAGGUCAAUAAAAUAGCAGAGGAAGAUGAGUUUCUUGAAAUUGGAUCUACUUCAUCUGUUUCUGCAAUUAGAAGAUCGAAAUACUAUAAAAAGUUUGAGAUAAUUACAAUUUUAAUGAGGUCGAAGAAGCAAUCUGAGAAAAUUAUAAAAAUGAAUAAAUUCAUUUUUUUGUAUACAAUUGUGAUAUUACUGGGAUUGAUAAUAGUAAGCUAUAACUUAUAUAUUUAAUAGUAAAUAUUGAUGAUACAAAACCUAGAGCAUUUUGUUGAGGAUAUCAAAUCAUUAUCAAUAAGAUAUGAUGUUGUAGAACCCUAUGAAUCGUUUUAUGUUUCAAGAUUCUCAUAAGUUAAUUACAGGGAGUAAUUAGGAGGAGGUUAUAUAAAUGCUAGCUUGUAUGCUUAAUUGACAAAAUACCCAUUCUCCACAUUUGAAUUGAUGUAUAACCAUCUGAGAGAUAGUAUGUACAGAGUGCUAGAAAGAAGGGAGAUUGAUUAAUUAUCCGAUAACGAGUUUAUAUCAAUCUACUUUUUGAAUAACUCUUACGUGGGUUAUAGCAAGAAUGUGACACUAAGGUCAUUAGCUAAUAUCUUGAUGAAUUAUUAAUAUGACUUUAAGCUUGGAUUAACUAUUCGUAGUGUUGCAUUUGAUAGUCCAUUUUUUUAUUUUACAAGCAAGAACUACUUAACAAUUAAGCAUACAUUUGAUGGUCUGAAUAAGAUAGUUUUGGAUGCUACAUUGUAGAGAUCGAAUUUGGAGAGAGAAAAAUGGUUAGCAGUGUUGUUGCCAUUUAUAAUAAUCAGUUUGUUAUUAUGCAUAAUAAUCAUAAAUAGUUACAGAGAGUAUAAUUAAAUUAUGAAUUCAAUAUUUCAAUAUCUGAUGGAUUUGGAUCAGUAGAUAUUGGAUGAUGAAAAAAAGAGACUUCAAAAACAUUUGAGUAUAAUUAAUAAUGAAAUAGAGAAAGUGAGGAGGUUUGAGUUCGACAUUGAUGCUAUCGAUGUUGAAUUGGAUGAAUCUAACUAUUAAGUAAAAAGAAACAAUUCAAAAAGAGACGCAAAGAAAUUCAAAAUAACUAACAAUAAUUUAAGGACAACUACUACAAUAGCUAUGAUACAUUACCUGUUGUUCUUGACUUUCUUUAUAGUGAUAUUUUUCCUGAUAAAGAGAUAUUUUGGGAAAUACGAUUAAACUGCUGUCAUUUUUCAGAGAAUUAGUGAUCUUGGAGUUGAUAUUCCAACUCUGUAUGCACAAAGAGAAGUUUUAUAUAGAAGGAAACUAAGAUACUUUUUCUUGACUGAUCAAGAAAUAGAUGGAGUAUAUGAUGUAUUUUUUUAGGCUUAUAAUAAAGUGGAAGAGUUUUCUAAAUUAAACAUAGAUUUAAGUUCCAUAAAUUAUUUGUUUGAUGAAAAUUCAGUCACUUUUUAUUAAAGUAUUAGCACAGGAAAUUUGUGUGAUUUUCAAACGGAUUAAUUUAAGGAGUUGUCUAAUUCUACUUGUGAAUAGUCGAUGAACGGUAACUUACUUUAGGGAUUGUCUCAAAUCUUACCUUACAUUCUAUAGACUCUGAAAACUUAAUAGUUAGAUAGCAAAAACUUUACGAUCCUACCUACGAACACAAGACUUGAAUUAGAAGGUGCUACCAUUAUUGGUAAUGUUAUGUCAACUAUAAUAUCUGAACUCUAUGAUAAUCUACUAAUCUCGUGUUUAAAGCUAAUGAAUUUCACUUAGACUCCUUGCAUCAUUUUUCUAUUGUUCCAGAGCCUUUGUAUCAUACUUUACAUCAUGAUUAUGAAUCAGAAGCACAAAUCACAAUUUUAGUCUAUAAAGCAAUCCAUAUUUCUAUUCCCUAGAUAUACAUUAAUAUUUGACGAUUAGUUUUAUAGGAACUUCAGAUCUAUCAUAAAAGAUGAGGGGAUUUAAUAAUGA